AUGACUGCUUCGUCGUUCUUGCUGCUGUUGCUUUUGCCCGGCGUGGCUGCUGAUACCAACAUCACAGCCGGCAGCGCUAGCUCAAAUGCCGGAGAGAAGACUGGUCUCAAGGUCAAGGUCGCUGGGUAUCCCACCUGGUGCGCCACGGUCCCUUUCGCAAGCCUUCAGUACAUCCCGGAGUGCCGUGGCUAUGCUGGUUCCGCAAACACCCCUGGUGGCGCCGCAUCCUGUGCAAACUGGUGCAAGUGGGUGCCACUCUCCUCGAUGCAAUAUGUCACAGCUUGCAGUGCUUGCUCGGGGCAGGUGCAGCCAAUUGAAGGCCCUGCUGCACCGCUGCCAGGAUGUGCCGAUUGGUGUGGAUGGUCCCCCGCUGCCUCCUGGCAGUACAUCACGCAAUGCCAGGCCUGUGCCCCCGGACAGCAGACCGGGGAGACUCCACUCCUGGUAUGCGCUGAAUGGUGCGGCUGGUCUCCUGCCGCAUCAUGGCAGUACAUCCCAGCAUGCCAGGGGUGCGGUGCAGUUCGACGAUCAGGGCUCGGUCCGAUCUAUCCUUGA